AUGAAGUACUCCCCUGCAUCCGUCGUUGCGUGCCUGGCCCUGGCGGCCUCCGCCAACGCUCUGGCCGUGCCAACUCCUGCGCCCCAAGCACCAGUACGCCGUCAAUGUGAGUAGCCACGUCUUUCGGGUUGCGGAACAUUACCCAGCGAGCUGCCAGUGCUGAUUCGACCGAGCUUCUCCAGUCACAUUGGACCUGGGCAGCGGUACGGGCGUCAGCGUCACCAACACUGGCGACUUUGGCAACGGCGGUUCAGUCGGAACUGAUGAUUCCGCGACCUGCACCGGCAUCUUAAUAGGCGGAACUUGCCAAGACGGCUCGGGAGAGGGCGGCGCUACGGAUACGGACUCGGGCUCGGGCUCGUCGUCGACUGAGGACAUCGAGAUCAUCUACGGCACCAGGACCUUCACUGGAGUGUCCGCAUCGGCGGAAGCGUCCGCAGCCAGAGCGUCCGAUGAGGCUUCCUCUUCCUCUUCCUCUUCCUCUUCCCGUUCCUCUUCAACUACAACAUCGGCUUCAACCUCUAGCCGUGCUGGAAAUGGAGCUGUGCAAGUACGCGCAUUCUCUUCUAGCUCUGCUACCGGCCCAAUCGUCGCUGUUGGCGCUGUAGCCAUCGGAGCACUCUUCCUCUAA